CACCUUCAUCGUCAUCAAGGAAGUCAAGAUGGCGGAAGGUUGCGUUGUUUUUCGCUUCCGUUGUUGAAUUGUCGAACUUUGCCGCUAAAUUUCCCUGCACGGGAGUCAAAAUGGGCGAAGAAUCGCCGGUGUUGAGCUUGGCAAGCUCAGGGACGCUGAAGACCAAGUCGUGCACAACUGUCGCCGUGGUGGGAUCUGGUAACAAUCCGUCCAAGGGUCGUACGCAGGUCGUCCUGGACGAAGACGCCUACACGGCGGCGAUCGGGAAGAUCAUCGAGCGGGACUUUUUCCCGGACGUGCCCAAGCUGCGGGCCCAAAACGAAUACCUGGACGCACUCGAGGCGAACAACAUCACCAAGUUGAGGGAACUGCAGGAGAAGUACCAGCACCGAGGCGGUCCCAGAAGUGGCCUCCACGCGCUAUCUACACCAUCAACCUUUGAGACGCCGCACCUUCCCACUAGUGUGACACCUGCCCCGUCCGAGUCUGGCUGCAGCACUGCUGGGGGUUCUGCUGCAGGGGUCGAGGGCAGUGCCGCGUCGGAGGAGGACGAGGCGCAGCAGGGGAGGCGGAAGCAAUCAUUGGACUCCUUCCUGCACGGCCACACGAGUGAGGACAACGCCUCGUUCGGGUCCAUGGUGGUGGAGGCGGACCGCAGGCACCAGGAGAGGCACGGUUGGAUGCACAAAGACGAAGGGGCCCUCGCCGCACCGCUCGACAGGAUGCUCCGGGGGGCAGAGGGUUCCCUUGCCAUCGAGGGGCCGGGGGACGGUACCAAUGCCCCCGUCACCUGGAAGUACACCAACCGCAACUCCCUCAUGUACAUCCCUGAGGGGGUGCCACUGACGGAGGAGGAGCGGCGAGAGCGGGGCCCCGGCCGGGCCAUCGCCCACGAGCACACGCGGCUGGAGCGGGCCCCCUUCGACGAGCGGGUCAACCGGGAGACGCUGGCCCAGGCGGCCGGCGUGCAGGCCAAGGCCCUGGAGGGAAAGGUGGGCGUGGACGGACGCGAGUUGCAGGGCCAGGAGUCGCCCAAGGUGGGCGGCUUCGGCUUCGUCGCAACGCCCUCCCCCGCCCCAGGGGUGUCGGAGUCGCCCCUGCUGACGUGGGGCGAAAUCGAGGGGACGCCCUUCCUGCUGGACGGCAGUGACACCCCGCUGCCCCGCCACCCCGGGGGCCCCCAGUUCCGCAUCCCAGAGCCCCGGUCCAGGGAGCGGCUGGCCCUGUCGCUGGCAGAUGGGGUUGCCCGGCGAAGCGCCGCCCGACGCUCGGCCGCCCUCGACCAGAUGCGCUCUUCCUUCCUCAGCCCCGGCGCUUCCCCCUCUCCCAAGACACCGCUGGCGCGGCUGGGCACCAUGUCCCCUGCAGCGCGCCACCUAGCCUCGGCCAAGCUGGGCAUCUCGAAGGGCGUCGACCGGGCCCUCAGGGCCAGCUACACCCCGGGCCACACCCCGGUUCGGGACAAAGACGGCGGUUUGGCGGCCACGCCCACUCCCUCCCCGCUGCUGCCCUCCCCCGCCUCGUCGAGGAGAUCAACGCGGAAAGACGGCAACCCUGAAGAGGCCUCCUCGCUCACGGACAACCUGCUGCGGCUGCCCCUUAAGCGCAAGGCAGCGGCAGACUUCUUCUAAGGCGCCCAACGUUCCGUUGAGUGGAAAGCAUGGACGCGACAAUCCGUGCACGAGAAUGACAAGGCCAUUGUGGUGGAUUCUCCACGUCUUCUACCAGAGGUCACCACAGAUUGGGCACGAACGGCUGGGACUCGCAUUUUGUUGGCCAGGGCACGAGUCUCUGCUGGUUACAGACGCCGCACUCAGGUCUGGUCUCUGGCCUACACUGGCCUCCGGUGGGCGACCUAUAAAAUCCAGCGCCACGGCCUCGGACAUGCUGGCGAGACUUCGUCGGACUGCGAGGGAAAAGAUUACGGAUCUCAUGUGUGCCGCACGUUGACCAAGUUAUGCCACCAAAAAGGCAGGUGCUCAAACUAGUUCAGC